UGAAUUGUAUUGCAUACUAAGGUGAAGGACGCUUUGCAAGAAGGACCUUAAGUUACGAUGACCACUGACAUGAGGAAACGUUCUUGAAAAUCGGUCGAACAUCUCGAAAAUCUUCAUUGGGCAACCGAUAAUCCGUAAACUAGGGUGUUUGCAUUUGAUUAUACUCAAAACAAAAGCUUACUUAAAACAGUUCUUAAUUCGGAAAGAGCAAUGAGUUCGGAUAAAAAGAAAAUAUACGUUACCCGUCGCGUGCCACAACCUGGAAUAGAGUUUUUGACAUCACAUGGCUAUGAAAUCAAGAUCAACGAAAGCGACGAUGCCAUUCCGAGAGAGCUGUUACUUCAGAAUGUACCUGGGAUAAACGCGCUAUUCUGUUUGUUGACAGACACAAUUGAUGAUGCUGUUUUGGAAGCCGCUGGUCCAAGUCUCGAGGUGGUUGCCACGAUGUCAGUGGGCUUCGAACAUAUCGAUGUGGAUGCCUGCAAGAAGCGUGGCAUACGUGUGUGCAACACCCCCAACGUGUCUACUGACAGUGUGGCAGAGCUGACGGUUGCACUGCUUCUACUCACUGCUCGACGAAUGCUAGAAGGUGUAGCUGCCGUGAAGGAAGGAAAGUGGGGAAAGUGGAAGCCAAUGUGGCUGUGUGGUAUCGAGCUGACCCAGCGCACAGUAGGCAUACUAGGUCUGGGCCGUAUAGGUUAUGGAGUGGCGCGCCGACUGAAGCCUUUCGGGGUCAAGAACAUUGUAUACCAUGACGUUUGCAAAGUGAGUUACGCUGAUGAUGUCGGGGCCACGUUUGUUGAUUUUGAUACUUUGCUUCGUGACUGCGACAUUAUCUGUAUAUGCUGCAAUCUUACGCCACAGACACGUCACAUUUUUAACAAGGAGGCUUUCAAGGCCAUGAAGAAGGAAGCAAUUGUCAUCAACACUGGCCGCGGCGGUGUCAUCAACCAUGACGAUCUUUACGACGCUCUCACCAACGACGAGAUUUUUGCUGCGGGUUUAGACGUCACUGAACCGGAACCACUUCCAGCAGACCACCCGUUGGUGUCCCAUCCCAAAUGUAUCAUCUUGCCUCACAUGGGAAGCAACACGUGGGAUUCCAGGAACCAAAUGUCUGAGACAGCAGCAAAAAAUAUUCACUCCGCAUUCUUAAAAGAGGUCGCUGUGGGAGACGUAUAUCGUUAAUGCUGCAAUAAAUGUUAAACAAGCCGAGUUUUGGAAAUCUCAUUAAUUUAACGAUACAAACAAAGCUGGUCAAUUUUUUAAUUCCUCUUUAUAUCACUAACCACAUGAAACUAAGGUGCAAUUGUUUUCUUUGGCUUAUGCCAAUUGUCACAAUUUUCUAUUUACUAUACUUAUACUUAUAUGAAGUAUGACCCAUGUUAUGAGCAAAAAAAUGUCUAAAGCCAUAUGGGGCCAGUGUAGCUACAGAUCAGCCUGCGCAGUCUUGUCAGGAGCUACCUUGUCCGCUAAUGAGAACACAAAAUCUUGUGUGACUUUUCAGCAGACCGCUGAUCUCCUGACCAGACUGUUAACUCUUUCAGUGCUGGAACUGAAUUUUGAAGGCCUUUGCAAACAAAUUGGAUCCAGAUGGGACGCAACAGAACACACGUCUCAUCACGAUCCAAACUGUUUGCUAUUCUGAUAGUAUUUUUUGAAAAAAAUCUAAGAAAAUGCUAGUUUUAGAAAAUCAGUAGACAACAUUUUAGCAGACGACAAAUUUCCCAGCAUGCAAAGAGUUAAGUUGCACAGGCUUGUCUUGAGCUAUGAUGUUCACGUGUGACAUAAGACCCAUUUUUGAAUGACACACUUAUAUCAAAGUAAAGUAAAUGACAUUAUUUAAAAAAUGCUGACUUUUUGCAUUUGUCAUUUUAGCUUUUACAAGAUAGUAUUUAUGUAUUUUCUAUUCAAGUAAUGCUUUAUCAUUUUAUUUAUAUUUAUGCCCCCCUUCGAAGAAGAGGGGGUAUAUUGCUAUGCUCAUGUCGGUCGGUCUGUCCGUCCACCAGGUGGUUGUCAGACGAUAACUCAAGAACGCUUAGGCCUAGGAUCAUGAAACUUCAUAGGUACAUUGAUCAUGACUCACAGAUGACCCCUAUUGAUUUUGAGGUCACUAGGUCAAAGGUCAAGGUCACUGACCCGAAAUAGUAAAAUGGUUUCCGGAUGAUAAUUCAAGAACGCUUAUGCCUAGGAUCAUGAAACUUCAUAGGUAGAUUGAUCAUGACUAGCAGAUGACCCCUAUUGAUUUUGAGGUCACUAGGUCAAAGGUCAAGGUCACAGUGACCCAAAAUAGUAAAAUGGUUUCCGGAUGAUAACUCAAGAACGCUUAUGCCUAGGAUCAUGAAACUUGAUAGGUAGAUUGAUCAUGACUAGCAGAUGACCCCUAUUGAUUUUCAGGUCACUAGGUCAAAGGUCAAGGUCACGGUGACCCGAAAUAGUAAAAUGGUUUCCGGAUGAUAACUCAAGAACGCUUAUGCCUAGGAUCAUGAAACUUGAUAGGUACAUUGAUCAUGACUGGCAGAUGACCCCUAUUGAUUUUCAGGUCACUAGGUCAAAGGUCAAGGUCACGGUGACCCGAAAUAGUAAAAUGGUUUCUGGAUGAUAACUCAAGAACGCUUAUGCCUAGGAUCAUGAAACUUGAUUGGCACAUUGAUCAUGACUGGCAGAUGACCCCUAUUGAUUUUCAGGUCACUAGGUCAAAGGUCAAGGUCACAGUGACCCGAAAUAGUAAAAUGGUUUCCUGAUGAUAACUCAGGAAAGCUUAUGGCUAGGAUCAUGAAACUUCAUAGGUACAUUGAUCAUGACUCGCAGAUGACCCCUAUUGAUUUUCAGGUCACUAGGUCAAAGGUCAAGGUCACAGUGACAAAAACAUAUUUACAAAAUGGCUGUCACUACAACUUAGAGCCCAUAUGGGGGGCAUGCAUGUUUUACAAACAGCCCUUGUUGUAUUAGUUUUCAGUAUUGACUGUAUUCUUUCAUAUCAUUUGUGUUCAAAAUACGAGAAUUACUUUUAAACUGGAAUUAUAUCCUCUAUAAUUUAUCAUAACUGUGAUGUGUAUAUGUGCAACAUUCAUCUGUAACAACAUGUGAUAAAGUGGUAUUUUAUUGUGUAAAUCAGAACUGUUUAUUUUCUUACAUGCAUGACCACCUUAAUGUUUUCAGGAAAUAUUAUUUUGUAACAUUUUUUUUUUUUAUGAAACCAGCUUUAAUGCUUUUUUACUAUGUUAUGUACUGUUGUUGACAUAUAUUACAUGUAUAUAAAUAAUUAAAUAUCCAAUAAAAAAAGGAAAACAUUUAGCUCACCUGAACACAAAGUUCUCAUGUCGAGCAUUUGUGAUUGCUUUUUUUCUGUCAUGUAUUUCCAAUCCUACAGAUUUGAUUUCACUGUGCUAAUGGCACAGGCUAAUCUGGGACGGCUUUUCACGCACAUGCUUUAAACCCCUUUUUCACAGCAGCUGCAAGGCUCAUAUUAUUUAAUGGUAUAAUGAGGAAAUUGAGUGUCCUAUCAAAUCUCUGCCCUCUAAAUCAGCUUUAAGUGCUGAAGAUUGAGAUCUUUUGUGAUCACCCUUUGUGCAUCAUAAAUCUUUAAAGUUAAACUUCUGAACACAUUUAUUGCUGAAUUUUCAACUUGACAAAAAGUUGUCCCCAUGAUAUUUUGGUCGAGUUUGAAGCUGAGUCACAGGUCUCAAUAACUAACUCACUAGUCAUAUUAAGGAAAGCUUGAUAUCUCAGUUGAGUUCUUAACGUGAUAAUAGGGGUCAAAAUCUAGGUAAAAUAAAAGAAAAAGCUAGUGGACACUCUUUUAAGUCUUAAGACCACAUGUAUUGCCAAAACUUAAGGAAAGUUGAUCAGAACAUUUGUCCCAAUGAUAACUCGGCCAAGAUUGAACCUGUGUCAUGUGGUUCCAAAAAAACUUGUGAGGUACUUUGCUGAGCUCCUUAGGCAAAUGGCCUCGUCAUUUUAAUUUAGUUUUAUUAUGUCUUGUUAUAAAUUGUAUCUUAUGUAUACAUUUUUAAUCCCUUCUAAUGAUUUAUCUUAAGAAUAUGUUCUUCCAGUUGCAAUGUGUUUUGUAUCUAAAAAAAUGUUGUUUAUUUAUUACAUGUUAAGAAGAGUUUUGUAUUACAUCAUGACAUCAUCAUUUUGUCUUGCAGCAUUUCUAAUAUUGUGUGUUGUUUAAACAACUAUAUAUUAUUGUUAACAAUUACGGAUGGGGGACAUACUUUCUAUCAAAUCACAUAUCAAAAUUAUUGGUCACUUUCAGUGCAGACAGGACAUGUAAAACAUUUACUGUGAAACCAUUAUUAUUUGUCUUUAUACACAAAUUUAAGUCAAUUUUUGUGUGUCCUCACGACCCCGCACUCUACAAUCCAACAAACUCUUUCUUGAUUUGGACACUAUACAAAACCCACCAAUUUAAUAUAAUACAAAAAUGCCAUAUUCUAUGAAUGCACGAAAUUGUGUGUGAACAAAAAUAAAUGAAUCUACAGUA